AAAUCUAAAUCGAAAAUGUUAAAAGGAUCCGGAAUAAAACACACGUGUGGCGAUUGAAAGAAUUUCGAACGGCAUUGCUCGAAGAGCAACAUCGAUCGAUUUGUAUGAAAAGCAGAGAGACUUGAUUGAGAAUGGGACCAGACCCGUGCGUUAAUUGCCAUGCACAAUGUGAUCGUGUGCGUUAAUCGGUGUUCGUUAGAUUGCGUAGGACCAGAGGUAUGUUAACAGCGCUGAUGGACAGUCGCUCCAAGGCGCCCCAUGAAGGUGUGCCCCCUUGGCGUAGCCCCAGUGCCACCUUUUCUGCUAAAAAAAUCGUUUCAGGGAUCCAGUUAUAUCGUCGAGAAUCUUGGAAGGAACAAACACGAGAAUGCCGUACGGAAAGUUGCACGUUCUCCCAUUGAGCCUUUUUAUCCUGAUCCCGGUGACGUUUCUAAUUACGUACACCAUAUCGGUGCAGUGGGACCACGUGGUACCAGGAUUCCCGUACAUAUCGGAAACAGGCACCUUGUCCCCGGAAUCGUGUAUAUUUGCCCAAUUCCUUAACAUAGCCGCAUUGCUCCUCGCCUGUUGCGUCUACAUCAGACAUCGGCAAGUUUCCCAAUGGCAAUUCGAAAGGGGCAACGAUCUCGUUAGCAAGAGGAUCGUUGUUGUGACGGCCUGGUGCGGCAUCCUGUCCUGCUUCGGACUCGACAUUCUGGCCAAUUUUCAAGAAGCUCGCGUCGUCGCGGCUCACAUGAUCGGGGCAAUGACGUGUUUCACGGCGGGGACCAUUUACUUUUGCCUCCAAACAUACCUGAGUCGCAAAAUGGUACCAGCAGUAAAUGGCAGAGUGGUCGUGUACAUUCGCGCAGCGCUCUCAGUGUUGACGCUAAUUUUAACAAUUACCACGAUCUUAGCUGGCUACAUUUCAAUGUUAGAGUUCCAAGGCAACGAUUACAAAAAAUGGCUACCAACGGACGGUGGCUGGGGCUGGCACGUCGCUAGCACCAUUUCCGAGUGGCUUCUGGCAAUUGUCUACUGCGUUUUCCUGUUAACGUUCGUGCCGGAAUUUCGGUUGAUCAACUUCGAGGAUCCUGUGGUCACGUUGAUCUAUCUAGACAAGGAUCAGGACACGAAACUGUCGCGCAAACUAAGCCCGCAACAACCACAAACGCACACUGGAAACAUGGACAAGGAAGACUUCCUGGUCAACCUCCAUUAUCUGCCGAUAAUCCUCUUCAUUUCGUUGCCUUCUGUCUUCAUUUUGACUUACGUAAUAGCUGUUCUGUUGGGUCACGUGGAAGCUGGCUUUCCCUACAUCUCGGAUGCAGCCACCUAUGCACCGGAAAGCUGCAUAUUUGCCCAGUUCAUCAACAUGAUCGCGAUGCUGAUGUCGUUCGUCGUCUACAUAAGGUAUUCUCAAGUGAAAGAAUGUUCGAGUACGUUCAGCCUGCAGCAAUCACUACCAAAAUGGAAUUAUUGGGCCUUAAUUUUUGGCCUAACGUCGACUUUUGGCCUCUCGAUGGUCGCAAACUUUCAGGAGACCUCCGUGAUCGUGGUUCACUUUAUUGGCGCUCUUUUAUGCUUCGGCGGCGGAACUGCAUACUUUUGGACGCAGGCGGUGUGCUCGUUCUACCUGCAUCCGCUCGGAUGUUCGUUGAGACUGGCGCAUCUUCGAGCUGCACUGUCCACGUUUUGCACCGUUUGUUUCGUCAUAACUCUCAUCACCGGCGUGCUGGCACGCUUGGCCUAUAAGGGUACGAAUCCGCGAAAAUGGUACAAGGAAGAUGGCGGAUGGGAGUUGCACGUGGCCAGCACCAUCACCGAAUGGCUGUGCGCGGUGGCAUUCUGCGUGUACAUUUUGACGUUCACCGAGGAAUUUCGCGACGUUAGAGUCACUCAUCCAAAGGUUGUAUACACCCUCAAUCGAACUAGACUGAGCAACGACGCGCUGAACGAGAGCCAAGACUCCGCGAUGGGACACAGUCGAGACACAACAACGAUCACCUGAUCGCUCAUAGGCAGAGGCGCCGGUGGCUACGUCAAUCUCCUCUCGCAUUCACCAGUGAACACCCCGUGUCCCGGUUACAGGUACCGUGAAUCCCGCGAACCCCUUUUGGAUGAAGUGGCGCCGCUGGUGGCGACCACGCCGCCAGCGCCUUCCUGCGACGUCGAGGGGAGAACCGACGUCCUCUGCCCGGUGCAAAUACACGUGCACGAUCCACCGAUACG